GAAGGGACUGCAGAUAUCUGCUCUUUCUCAUUUUUAUUAAUUCUUAAUUUCAAAGUAUGAUAGGACCUGAAAUGCUGCAUCUCCCUAGGAUGUUUUAGUGAAAGUGAUCUAAUUUGCAAAUGGUCUCAACUUUAGAUUUACGAAGGUCGUCGGGAGGCAAAGCACCGACAGCGAACAAAACGGUAGCUUCAGAAUUAAACGAGAGACGAGGAGGAGUUGAGUUUUGCACCUCAACAUCGGAGCCAGCAGGAUGGGGAGCAUUUGAGAGGAGCAAGAGGGACCCAUUUGUUGGGAUGGAAGAGCGCUGGGAAACGCAGUGGCGGCAGUUCCUCAAGACGCUGCAACCCGUUCACCCAGGAGAGGGGAAGCUGAAGAUGUCGGAGGCUUCUCCCUGGGAAGACCCCAAGGCCUUCCUGGCCUCCUUCGAGCAGGUGGCCCAAGCCUGUCGGUGGCCCAGAGAGCAGUGGGUGGCCUGUCUCCUGCCGUCCCUGAGCGGGGAAGCUGAAGAGGCCUUCCAAAAGCUGGAAAUCAGAGACCGGGACAACUAUGGGAAGGUGAAGGCCGCCAUCUUGAAAGGGGAAGCUGUGAAAAUGGAGGCACAGCGUCAACGUUUCCGGCAGUUCUGCUGCCAGGAGGUGGAAGACCCGCGAAGGGUUCAAAGCCAACUUCAGGAGCUUUGCCGCCAAUGGCUGAAGCCGCAGAGACGCUCCAAAGAGCAGAUCCUGGAACUCUUGAUCCUGGAGCAAUUCCUGGCCAGCUUACCUCCAAAGCUUCAGAGUUGGGUUCAAGCUAGAAGACCUGAGACAUGUUCCCAGGCAGUGGUUCUGGUGGAAGACUUCCUGAGAAACCAGCAAGAGGCCAAAUCAGGGACGUACCAGGGCCCAAUGAAUGAAGAACAUGUCGAUUUCUUAUAUUCAGAGAAAGAGACCUUGGAGGCUGUGAAGAGAGAAAAUAUUGAAGUAGAAAUCAGCAUGCUGGGGCAUGGAAUCAAAUCCUCAAGCCACCCCAGCCAAUUGUUUCCUUCUGAAAGAUUUGGGGUGGUCCAAACUGCUCUGAGAGAGGAAUUCAUGGAUCUCAAGGAAACAGAUGCGUGUUUGCAGGCAACCAAGUGGAAGCUGACACAGCCAGGUCAACAGACUGUGGCCUGGCAAGUCCUGCAGGAAGAACAUGAAAACAUAGAUUGUCUAGAGAGCGGAAUGGAAACUGAGAUCAAAGUGGAGAAUCCUGAGCAGAGAGGAAAUGAACCAGGGUUAACACGCAGGACAGAUCUACAGCUUAGCUCUGGGAAUCUGCCGAUAAAAGUGGAAAUGGAAGAAGAAGGCUACAAGUUAAGAGAGCAGCAGCAGAAGACCUCCACGGGGUGUGAGAACCAACAGGCUUUGCUUCAACAGGAAUUUACUGCUGCUGCUAUUCCUGAAAAGGCCACUAUGUCCAAGGAGGAUAAAAUGCCCGUGUUCUCCCAGUAUGACGGAAGUUACCACUACAGAGUGGAGCGGAAUACAAUACCUUCUACAGAGAAGUUGGAUCGAUGUCCUCAGAGGCUUGAGGACAGCUACCAGCAUACUUCAAAUGUGAAUCAAGAGGAGAAAAACAUUGUCAUUGAGAAAAGGUUUGAAAUCUCUGGGAAUGGAAUAGUUAAUGAUUUGAAUACAUAUCCAAGUAACCAUCUUGGAGAAACACAUAACUCUUCUGAAUAUGCAAAAACCUACAGCAAUGUGAACUCACUCAGCAAAUUUCCAGCUUGUAAAACUGAAGAGGGAUGGUAUGAAUGUUCUCAGUGCGGGAAAUGCUUCAAUAAAGCAAAAUACUGGAAGCAGCAUCAGAAAAUUCAUACCGGGGAGAAACCGUACAAAUGUUCUCAGUGUGGAAAGUGUUUCAAUCAGUCAGGAAAUCUGAAGACUCACCAAAGAAUUCAUACUGGGGAGAGACCCUACAAAUGUUCUCAGUGUGGGAAAUGCUUCAGUCACACAAAUGUUCUGAAGAUCCAUCAGAGAAUUCAUACUGGGGAGACCCCGUACAAAUGUUCUCAGUGUGGAAAAGGUUUCAGUCAGAUGGGAAAUCUGAAGAAACAUCAGAGAAUUCAUACUGGAGAGAAAAUGUAUAAAUGUUCGCAGUGUGGGAAAUGCUUCAGUCUGGCAGGAAUUCUGAAGCGACAUCAGAGAAUUCAUACCGAAGAGAGACCAUACAAAUGUUCUCAGUGUGGGAAAGGAUUUAAUAGGACAGGGAUUUUGAAGAAACAUCAACGACUUCACACUGGAGAGAAACCUUACAAAUGUUCUCAUUGUGAGAAAGACUUCAACCAGAUGGGAAAUUUGAAGAAACAUCAGAGAAGUCAUACUGGAGAGAGAUUGCACCAAUGUUCUUAAUGUGGAAAAGUCUUCCUGUAGUUUGACAGAAAUUCUGAGACAUCAAGGCAUUCAUGUUUUGGGGAGACCUUACAGAAUUUUUUUAUACAGGGAAAAUGUGGUCAUGGUGAUGUUUUGAAGAACCAUCAGUGAACCUGUAGGCAUUGAGACAUUCUACAGAUAUCUUCACUGUAGUAAAUACUGUAGGGAGGAGGUAGGUUUGGAGUGACAUUAUAGAUAUCAUUGAAACCUGGUGGGAUGAACCCUUAUAGAGUAAUCAAAGGUUUCACAUUGUUGAAAAGGAACAGAAGCAAAGAUAAGGGAGAAGGAAUUGCUCUGUGUUAGAAGUAAUUGAAGGAACUAAUAAAAUCUUUACGAGGUUUGGUGCCUACUAUCACAUCCCCGACUAAGGACAGGAUGAUAUUCCCUGCAAAAACAGAACGUAGCUGUUUCAAAGAGACCUGAAAUAGAAUCUCAAGAGUUGAAAAAUGAUACAUGGUUUUAUUUAUUUAUUUAUAAUUAAUAUUUAGUCCCCCACUUAAAAAAACAAGUUCUGUUAUACACUUAAUAAGGGCUGCAAUGAUGUGUUGUUAUUUCUUUCUUAAUUUAUAUUUAUAAUAAAUGUAGAGUCCAUAUAGGAGGAAGAAGUGGAACCCGGGGACUCUGAAAGGUGAUACACACUUGUAAGGGCUAGAGUA